CACGUCUUCCCCACGGUUACUCGUAGAUAUAGAUAUUGACAAGUGACUAAAUGUUUAAGGAAUGUGUGACGCAAGAUGCUGUAUUUACCGAACGACUCAUUUCUAUCACCGAUCGAUUAUCAUUGCCGCAACUUCGCAGAAGGGAGGAAUCGUGGAGUCGCCAGGACGUAACAUUACUAUGAUAUAUUUGCAUUGGUUCCGUAGUGAAAACCAGGUCGGGCAAAACCUAUACUUUGCGAUCCAGCGAUUUAUAUCAAGGGUGCGUUCCGAGUUGUGCAUGAAACGCAUAGACUGCAUUAUUAUUGCGCAGCGCUUCAACAUCGUUCCGUUUUGUCAAUGCGCAUGAAGCGCUUUAGUUAUUCGGAACGGUUGCUUACGCUCUCUGCGCGUUAAUACGAUUUGAAAAUAGACGCCAUGCAAAACGUCAACAAACCAGUAAUUCCAGUAAUUGCAAUCUCUUCGUUGUUACUUUUGAAGAAAAACGAUGAAAGCGAUAGUUCCGAAUCGAGCGACAGUGAAAAUAAAGUUGAAGAUAUAUCUCUAAGUGAUAUGCAGACUAUAUUUUUUAUAUUAAUGACAGAUAAAUCACGUGGAGAAAAAAUUACACUUGAAAAAAUCACGGAUUAUGUUGAUCGCGUGAUUCCUAAUUACAUGAAUGCUAUAUUUAAAGAACAUUUUAGGCUGUAUCCGGCUACAUUUGUAAUGAUUUUAUCAUUAAUUGGACCAGCACUAAAUGCCACAGGUACCACAAUUGGUAAAAAACCAAUUCCAGCUGAGAAACAACUGUAUAUUGCUCUUUGGUUUAUGGCUACUCCUGAUUCAUACAGAUCCGUUUGCGUCAAAUUUGGAAUAGGCAAAGCAACUGCUUUUAGGGCUGUAAGACGUGUUACCUACGCGCUUCAUUGCAUCGCACCUCGAUUUAUACAGUGGCCCAAAGAAGUUGUUGUCAUUGGUGCCAUAGACGGAACACCUAUUAAAAUCCGAGCUCCACCAAUUGAUUCAGCUUCUUAUAUAAACCGGAAAGGUUUUCCAUCUUUAAAUGUUCAAGUCGUAUGUGAUUCACGUGGCCUCUUCACGCAUUGUUAUGCAGGACAAGUAGGAUCAAUCCAUGAUGCUCGAGUUUUUAGAAACUCCCCAGUAGCACGUUUUUUAGAAAUGCCUGACAUAUACUUCCCUAAUGAUUCCCAUAUUAUUGGAGAUGCUGCGUAUGCAAUACAUCCGCAUUUAUUGGUCCCAUUAAGAGACAAUGGUCAUUUGUCAAACCGACAAAAAAAUUUCAAUUAUUGUCUAUCGUCAACAAGGAUGGCAGUUGAACGUGCGAUUGGACAAUUAGAAAUUCGUUUUAGAAUACUAUUAGAUUGUCUACCACUGACAGAUGUUAAAAAAAUUCCAGAGUUUAUCAUAGCAUGUUGCGUGUUACAUAAUAUUUGCAUAUUACAAAAUGAUAUAAUGACUGUUGGCGUCCAACAUUAUGAUGAAUUACAAGCACGUGUUUGCGGCAAUAACACUGAAAUGGGAAAUGCUAAAAGAACGAGAAUAAUGAAUACAUUAGAAAUGAAGCUCGUCAAUUGAUCAAUAAUUGAUAUUUGGUUAUUAAUAAUAAAAAUUAUAAAUAAGAUUAAUUAACAAACUUAUACAAAGUAUUUUAAAUUGUUUUUUUAUGAAUAAACAUUUU